AUGACGACAACUCUUAGUUUUUUAAUGCUCAUGAUGCUCAGGUUUCAACUUGUCACUUCCAUCUCGAUGGUGCCAGAUGACCCUGAUUACGGACUCAAUGUUAUGGAGCUCAUCACAAAACGUGGGUAUGCUGUUGAAGAGCACAAAUUCUCGACUGCUGAUAAUUACAUUCUAACGAUGUAUCGGUUGCCCAAAACACAUAAAGAGACUCAAGAAAAUAUUCCAGCUGCAUCUAAGAAAUCGGCUGUCUACUUGGUUCAUGGACUACUCGAUAGUAGCUUUACGUUUGAAUGUAACUUUCGCAACCAGAGUUUGGCAUUCAUCUUAGCUGAUGCUGGCUACGACGUCUGGCUUGACAAUAAUGGUACAACGUGGUCAAACGAACACACAACUUAUGCUAUCGAUAGUGACGAGUAUUGGAAUUUCUCUUGGCAAGAGAUGGCACUAUAUGAUAUGCCUGCAAUGAUUCAAUUCGUGCUUAAUACAACGGGUCAAUCAACCUUGAGUUACGUCGGACAUUCAGAGGGUACAAUGCAAGCGUUUGCCGGAUUUUCCGUCAACCAAGAACUUGCUCAAAAGGUCUCGUACUUUGGUGCACUCUCCCCUGUUGCAUAUCUCGGUCACAUGACCUCUCCAGUGUUAAAAGGGCAAUUGGCGAGUUUCGAGUGCACUUUAAUUGUAUAUAUCGGACAUACCCCAGCUGGUACUUCAGUGAAAAAUAUGGCUCACUUUGCCCAAGGCAUUCGAGAUAAUACGUUUCGGUAUUACGAUUACGGCUGUCAAUGUGUUCGAGCAUUUGGAUUGCAGAAUUGUCCGGGAUUGUUCUGUAGGAACAAAGAGGUUUAUGGUACAUUUGAUCCACCGACUUUUAAUCUUUCUGCGAUAAGAUAUCCACGUAUGGGAUUCUAUGUAGGCACGGACGACUGGAUCACAACUGAUUCAGAUGUGACGCAACUUUACGCAGAGUUAAAAAACGCCGAGAUUGUUGCGAAUCAUAGUGUUCAGUACAGCCAUGUCGACUUUACGUGGGGGUAUAACGCCAACGAGGUUAUCUACCAGAGCUUACUAACUCAUAUUGCCAAGUACACUGGCGUUGGUUACGAUUGA